CCCCGGAACUCCCUCCCCCCUCCGCCCUCCCUCCGUCGCCCGCGGUCGCUGCUGGCUUCCGACGCACGCGGCAUCCGAAUCCGCACCGCACCGCACCCGAUCCCCGCGCCACUUGUCCCGCCGCCCAAUGCCCGCCCUCCGGUGAGAUGGCGCCGCCGCGCGGCGGUGCUCCCACCCCCUCGGAUUCCCCUCACUCCAUUUAUUCUCCCCCUGGCCCGCCAACAACAGCGUCCCGUCAUCCUCCUCACCCGCACCACCCCCGCUCGCCUAUUUAAGGCGACAUGCUCUCCAGGAGGCCGCUCGCCGCCGCCCUACGCCUCGCGCCCCUCUCGCCUCCGCUCCUCCUCUUCUUCGCCUCCUCCUCCUCCUCCUCGUCGUCACCCGCCUCGUGCUCCUCCCCCACCGCUUCGGCCUCGGCCCCCAGAGGCUGCAGUGCUCUAAGGAUGGAUAGCGGCGCUGUGGAACCAGCUUCAACCGGGGCAAUCUGGUCAACGCCGUCGGUGGAGCCGAGAAGCAUUUCCAUCGGGAAGCAGAUAUUCUGCAACAGGUCUCUCAACAUGAGGAACAUCACCGCAGUAGGAUUUGAUAUGGACUACACUCUUGCGCAGUACAAACCUGAGACAUUCGAGGCCCUUGCUUACCAUGGCACCAUUGAGAAGCUCGUGAAGGAUCUCAACUACCCUGAGGAGCUGUUGACAUGGCAAUUUGACUGGAAGUAUAUGGUCAGAGGACUAGUUCUUGAUAAGAAAAGAGGAAAUAUCUUGAAGAUGGACCGGCACAAGUAUGUAAAAGUUGCAUACCAUGGAUUUAGGGAGAUGUCGAAGGAAGAAAAAGUUGCUGCUUAUGGGAGUACAUUGAUAAGGGAUUCCUUCGAUGAACCUGAUUAUGCCCUUAUAGAUACACUUUUCUCACUGGGUGAAGCCUAUCUGUUUGCUCAGCUUGUUGAUUUCAUGGACAGCAAUCCUGCAAAAGUACCUUCAGGCACUGACUAUGCGCAUAUGUAUAGAGAUGUGAGGUCUGCGGUUGAUCUGUGUCAUCGUGAUGGAACUUUAAAACGAAUGGUUGCAAAGGAACCUAGCAGGUAUAUCAAUGAAGACUUGGCAAUUGUGCCGAUGCUUCAAAUGCUUAGAAAAUCUGGACGCUCCACAUUCUUGGUGACAAACAGUUUAUGGGACUACACUGAUGUUGUCAUGAACUACCUAUGUGGGCCAUAUAUGUCAGAUGUAAGCUCAAGUCACAACCACAAGUGGCUUGAGUAUUUUGAUGUUGUUAUAACAGGCAGUUCAAAGCCAAGCUUUUUUCAUGAUGAUAACCGAACAGGAUUGUUUGAAGUUGAGCCUGAUUCUGGGAAACUUCUAAAUGCUGAUCUUCAGAUUGGAAGCCCAAGAGCAAGUCAACAUCAGCCAAAACCAAUUCACAAAGUUUACCAGGGAGGCAAUGUUGGUCAUCUUCACAGACUACUUUCUGUUGCUUCUAGUUCGCAGAUCCUCUAUGUUGGUGAUCACAUAUAUGGAGACAUACUCCGCAGCAAGAAAGUUCUAGGUUGGCGGACUAUGCUGGUAAUACCUGAGCUGGAGCAAGAGGUGAAGCUUCAAUCAGAAUCAAAGUCUACUCGAAAGGAGCUUAGACACCUUAGAAUGGAGCGUGAUUCAGUUGAAGACACGAUCCAUCGCCUUGAAUGGUCUCUUCAAUGCGAAGCUCAUGGUUGUGCAAGUUGCAGGAGAUGUAUGCGGGUGCAUACUGCUGCUGAAUGUGAACUACUUUGUUUCAUAGUUGGCCGUCUUGAGAUGAACCACAGUUUCGUCGCGAGCACGCAACAGCUUCGCCGCUGAUUUGUUCAUCUGUUCUCUGGUGAGAAUCGGUCGCUUGUUGCGGCAGUGCUUCUGCUGUUGCGUAUGCUCUCUAGUUUGGGUCUUGCAAAGAGAAGUGGCCACAAGUGAACGGAGAUGCUAGGGCUGUUAGCAUCAAUGGAUCUAAUGUUGCACAAAAAUAUCAAAUACACAUAUACAACAUGACACACACACCUUUAUGAAAGAUGAAGAUCAAGCAAGGUUUUUUUUACUCAACUUGUGCUCUUUUCUUCAUUGGUUGUACGUAGCUGUUAUAGGGGUUUAGAAUGCCAUCAAUUUACAUAUGUGAACAAAUACUUGGCAAAUAGUACGAAGCAUUGGGAAUGUAUGCACCUAUUAACUCUGCACACUCUUAAGAAAUUCUCCGAUACUUAAACACUAAUUUUCCUUGGGGUAUUGAAUUAACCAUUCAAAUGCUCCUAGAAUAAUUCAAGCUGGCCCUCGUAUGAAUGGUCAAAUUGUACCCUUGAAGCUUUAGUGUGAAAGCAUUGGACAUUUUCUUAGAGCGUGCAUGAGGUUAAUUGGUGUGUAACUUCAUAAUGCUUAAUAUUUGCUUGUUUUUUGUCCACAUAUUUAAAUUGUUCGCAUUCAGAACCCUCAUGAAAGAUAUAUAUGACCGACGAAUAAACCAAGCCAAGUUGAGUUGAAACAAUGUUUGCUUUUUGGUUGUCUUUCUGAAGGGUGUGCAUCUAUUUGUGUAUGCGUGUUUGAAAUCUUUGUCCAUCAAUAGAUCCUUUGGGGCCAACAGCCAUGGCAUCUUUGUUCAUUUUUUAUCACUUCUC